GUGAGGCGGGGGCGGGGCCUCGGCGCCUGGUUGCGCGUGUCCGCCGCUGGCUCCGCUCUAUCCGGCUUUGCUAGGGGAGGUGAGUCCGGCCGCGGCGGCACCGGCGGCUAAGGAGGCGGUGGCUGAGGCGGAGGCGGCCACAGCGGCUGAAGAGAAAGCGGCCGCGGGCGCGGAAGCCGGGUGGGGGGGAGGGGGGGAGACGGAGCAGCCUUGAGCCCUGCGGGGGCCGUCGCACGGGGGGACCCACCCGCUCUCCCCCCCAACCCUCCUCAGCAGAAGCAGCCGGCGGCGGGGGCAGGAGUCAGCCCGCUUCCGACUGCACCCCGCCCGCCUCCCCGGGCUCCUAUUCUUUGGCCCCCGGGACCAGAACCUCAUCCCGGGGCGGUUCCCUCUGGGCGUCAGAGUGCUGCCCACCUCUCUUUCAUUCCUCCCGGCACCUCCUUACCCUCACUUUGCCCCGGUUCUCUUUUCUCCUCUCCGUCCUGCCCUGUCGCCUCCUCUGCUCACUCUCUCCCUCCUGCUUCCAUCCCUGGGUUCUCUGUUCAGGAAAGUUUAGUCCCCCCCACCCCCCCCAAUUAGGUCAACCCGACUAGGAGUAGGGGGAGAUGUAGGAAGGCCUGAGAGUUCGAGGUGGGGGGGAAAGCUGGUUUCCCUGACAAUUUCCCCCCAUCUUUUUUAUAUUUGGGGUAGUUGGGGGAAUUUUUUUUUUAAUUGUAUUUUUGAGGAGGUGGAAGGUGUUUAGAAAAGGAUGUGGGAAUGGAAGGGGUAGAUGAGUCAACCCUCUUACAAGAUUCCAAGGGUGGUGUGUUGCCUGAUCCUUUUCGUGUGUGGAGUUCAGGGGGUCGGGAGGCUUGGCCUUUAUUCCCACAUUCAAAGUUGGAACCUCCCCCAAAUUAAGGAUGGAGUUUUAGUACCCACUUGUGGCAGGAAUCCUGGGGGGAAGGGGUCCCUUUUCCCUUUUUCUUUUUCUUUUUCCAUUUUUAUUUUAUUGGCUACCCACGCCCUUAGAGACACAUACACACACACACACUCUCUCUCUCUGUCUGUCUCUCUCUCUCUUUCUCUCUCUCUCACUCUCUCACCCAAACUUGAACACCAAGAUCCUCUAACUUGUUUGGAUUGACUGAUGAAGACAUAAAGCCAGUUACGCUCUAUGUUUUUUUGAGGUGGAGUGAGUCUUUUUGCUUUUCUGUUUUUGUUUGCUUUUUUUUUCCCUUCAUUUUUAAAUGGCCAAAUGACAGCUUGACCCAGUUUGCUUUCUAAAUCAAAGGGCAUUUUUUUUUUUUUGAAUGUCUCUUUGUGGCGCAAGAGCCAACGCAAAAAUGAUGGCGGCUUAUAAUGGCGGUGCAUCUGCAGCAGCAGCAGGUCACCACCACCACCAUCACCACCACCUUCCACACCUCCCUCCUCCUCACCUUCACCACCACCACCACCCCCAGCACCAUCUUCAUCCGGGGUCGGCUGCUGCUGUACACCCCGUCCAGCAGCAUACCUCUUCAGCAGCUGCAGCUGCCGCAGCAGCGGCCGCAGCUGCAGCCAUGUUAAACCCUGGGCAGCAACAGCCGUAUUUCCCAUCACCGGCACCGGGUCAGGCUCCUGGACCAGCUGCUGCAGCCCCAGCUCAGGUACAGGCUGCCGCAGCUGCUACAGUGAAGGCGCAUCAUCAUCAGCACUCGCAUCAUCCACAACAGCAGCUGGAUAUUGAGCCGGAUAGACCUAUUGGAUAUGGAGCCUUUGGUGUUGUCUGGUCAGUAACAGAUCCAAGAGAUGGAAAGAGAGUAGCCCUCAAAAAGAUGCCCAACGUCUUCCAGAAUCUGGUCUCUUGCAAAAGGGUCUUCCGGGAAUUGAAGAUGUUGUGUUUUUUUAAACAUGAUAAUGUACUCUCUGCCCUUGACAUACUCCAACCUCCACACAUUGACUAUUUUGAAGAAAUAUAUGUUGUCACAGAAUUGAUGCAGAGUGACCUACACAAAAUUAUCGUCUCUCCUCAACCACUCAGCUCAGAUCAUGUCAAAGUUUUUCUUUAUCAAAUUUUGCGAGGUUUGAAGUAUCUCCAUUCAGCUGGCAUUUUACAUCGAGACAUUAAGCCAGGGAAUCUCCUUGUGAACAGCAACUGUGUUCUAAAGAUUUGCGAUUUUGGAUUGGCCAGAGUGGAAGAAUUAGAUGAAUCCCGUCAUAUGACUCAGGAAGUUGUUACUCAGUAUUAUCGGGCUCCAGAAAUCCUGAUGGGCAGCCGUCAUUACAGCAAUGCUAUUGACAUCUGGUCUGUCGGAUGUAUCUUUGCAGAACUACUAGGACGAAGAAUACUGUUUCAGGCACAGAGUCCCAUUCAGCAGUUGGACUUGAUCACAGAUCUCUUGGGCACGCCGUCUCUGGAAGCGAUGAGGACGGCUUGUGAAGGCGCUAAGGCGCACAUACUCAGGGGUCCUCAGAAACAGCCAUCUCUUCCUGUACUUUAUACCCUGUCUAGCCAGGCUACGCAUGAAGCUGUUCAUCUCCUGUGCAGGAUGUUGGUCUUUGAUCCAUCCAAAAGAAUAUCCGCUAAGGAUGCCUUAGCCCACCCCUACCUAGAUGAAGGGCGACUACGGUAUCAUACGUGUAUGUGUAAAUGUUGCUUUUCCACUUCUACUGGAAGAGUUUAUACCAGUGAUUUUGAGCCCAUCACCAAUCCCAAAUUUGAUGACACUUUUGAGAAGAACCUCAGCUCUGUUCGACAGGUUAAAGAAAUUAUUCACCAGUUCAUUCUGGAACAGCAGAAAGGAAACAGAGUGCCUCUCUGCAUCAACCCUCAAUCUGCUGCUUUUAAGAGCUUUAUUAGUUCCACUGUUGCUCAGCCGUCUGAGAUGCCCCCAUCUCCUCUGGUGUGGGAGUGACGGUGGAAGAUAAUGUACUACUGAAGAUGUAAUGUAGCUUUCCACUGGAGUCUGGGAUUUGCAAUUCUGGAGGUUAAUCAUGCUUGUACUGUAAUUUUACUAAUGAAGUUUUAAAUUAACAACCACUACUUGUAUGAUAUGAAUAAUAUUUAGAAAUGUUACUAGACUUUUAAUCUUGUAAAGUGGUUGUGCUUUUAGAAGAAAAAUAUUUUACACCCAGAGUUGCACAUGUUUUAUGAAUUUUGUGCAGCUGUUAAGGCUCACCUCAGAACAAAAGAGAAUUGAACCAAAUUUGAGAGUUGGGGGUUUUGUGUUUUAAUUUUGUUUUGUUUUUCUUUAUUAAAAUGAAGUGAGAUUGUUCAUGUGCACACACACACACACACACACACACACACACACACGUCAUACAUUUUGAUAUUUGAGCCAUUCCUAAUGAUUAGGGGUUUUCUAAAAACUAAAGAAUCUAGAAAACUUGCCUGCGACCAAUCAUGGAGCCACUUAAGCUGAUCGUGGCUGCACCUGUGGGAUGGGGUGGGGGAGGGGCAUGCCACCUAAAGAUCCAGCCCAAUAAUUAGCUUCUCUUUAGAGCCGUGACAGUGAUGUGUGCUGUCUAAAUCCAAUGUUGUGGGUAGAGAGAAUGAGUUUGUGAUUAGGAGAGACUAAACCUUUGUUUUCCUUACCCAGUAUAAAUAUAUAUAUAUAUAUAUAUAUUUAAUCUAUUUUUAUUAGAAGUUUUUCUGCUCUUUCUUACAUAAAAGAACCCCCAAGCAUGCAUCUUUCAUGUGUGUAAAUAAUUAAUUUCUGGGCUAAUUUCAAAAGAAUCCCAACAUUGUUGUAUAGAGAGAGAACUAGCUUGCACAUUUUAGGUCUGUGAAAUUUUGUGAGACUUUUCCUGCACUGGACAGUAAAAAAAAUAAAUAAAAGACAAUAACAAAUUUUUAAAAAAUUUAAAGCCACACACAAAAAAAAGGCACAUAGGGAAUUAUGUCAAAUGUGUUUGUGUCCUUAGGCAAAGCUGUGGGAGUCUUGAAAUGUCACAGUAGUAAAUAACUUAUUACUUUUUGACAAAUUCUUUUUUUCUGUUGGAACACUGAAUUCUUCUGUGCAUAUGUAUAUAUGAAUACAAAUUGAAGGCCUCUACCUCCUGGAGUUAUACAACUUGGCUUGUUUAUCUCCACAUGCUGAUGAUGACUAUUUUUUUUUUUUAAGUUCAAUGUGGAGACUUGAAACUUGAAUGUCCCUUCCAACUUUUAUAUUAAAAAUAAAAAGACAAGAAAAUUGAAGAUCGUUUUUCACCUGUACAAGGAAUACUAAUGGAUCGUCUUAAAAUUGGUCUAGGAAAAAACCUUGGUGUGUGUUAUGGACAAGUAACUGUUAAAGUUAUUGUAAGUUAUCUGUAUUUAGCAGAGUAUUUUCAUCUUGAGUGAUCUGAACUGAAUUUGAAGACUAUUAAUAAGUUAUGUUUGGAAGUUUUAACUUCAAUGAAGUAAUUAUUUGCUGUGAACGAAACAAACAUUGAAUUACUAAACAAAGAUGGUGCAAUAUCUUUGUUUUUUUUUUUUUUAUGAGGCUCCUGAGAAUCAACCCAACUGAAGCAUUUCAAUUCACUUGAAUGAAAAACGUAUUUAGUAUCAAAAGAGCCCAAGAAGACACUGGUGUGAAAGGUACAAUCUCAGAGGUUGGUCAAUUACCAUGGCACACUUACUGGUCACUUUGUACAAUGUAGAUUUGAAGUACAGUGGUGAAAACAUUAAAUGUGACAUUUGAAAAA